AUGGAUCUCUCUGUCUUGCCCAAUAAUAACCAUCCUGACAAAUUUCUGCAGCUUGAUGUGAAGUCUCUGAUGAAGAGCCCAGCCCUUCAACAGGCCAGCCUCGCGAGGUUGCUGAGUGGAAAUUAUCCUGCUGCACAGCACUGGCAAAACCUUGUCUACUCACAGAAAGAAAAGAAAAAUAUCACCACUCAACAAGUCAAAGGACCCAGUGCGGAGGCCUCUGCCAUUGUUGAUAGCCCUCCACCAUCGCUGUCCUCAGUUAGGAAGAAUAACCCACUCUAUGGAGACAUGAGUUUGGAAGAAGCGAUGGGAGAAAGAAAGAAAAGUCCUUCAUGGACUAUUGAGGAAUAUGACAAGCACUCCUUGCACACAAACCUUUCUGGACAUCUAAAGGAAAAUCCUAAUGACUUACGAUUUUGGUUGGGAGACAUGUACACACCAGGUUUUGACACCUUAUUGAAAAAGAAGACGAAGCAUGACAAGCGGUCCAAAUUAUGUCGGAUGGGUUUGAUAGUACUCCUUGUUGCCACCAUCUUGGUUACCAUAGUAACUAUCAGCACUUUGUUCACCUGA